AUGUCCACCCCGUCCUCCUCUGCAAGUGCAACCAAGUUGCCAAAGGCCGAUGGAACCAUUGGACCUUUUGGCGGCGAACCGGAAGUAGAUGGUCAGGCUCAGGGCGGUCGUCGGAGACAGAGCCAGAUUAGCCAGGCUGUACCUGCAUUAUCCUCUCUAUCCAAGCCAGCUGGCCAGCUGCUGAGAGGAGCCACGGAUGACAAGGGAGAGCAGAAGGCAGCGGCGCUGCUCGUUGGCAUUAAACUUGACCUAGAAGCCGAAGUUCAUUUAACGGCCAGGGUCAAGGGUGACAUUUGCGUGGGGUUGUACUAA